UAUCGACCAUAUUUUGUAGCAACACACUUUCAAAAUGACAUCCGAAACAGAACCAGCAUGUCAAAUUUUUUCUUUUCAGGACUACAAGUCAUCUCCUGACCCCAUUUACGAGAUUGCUGCUGGUUGUUUAGUCCCAUCACCUGUCCCCAUAGUCAUAGAUAACGGCUCUUUCCAAACGCGGGCUGGUUGGGCGUGCAAAGGCGAUGAACCGGGUGCACCGCGACUGCUGUUCAAAUCCGUGGCGGCGAGAAGCAGAGGUGCCGCGCGCAGUGAAACUCAGAUCGGCAAUGACAUCUCCAAUCUGGAACCUUUGCGGUGGCUCCUGAAAAGCCAGUUUGACCGAAACGUUGUUGUCAACUUCGAGAUACAAGAACUCAUGUUCGAUUACAUAUUCACACAUCUUGGAAUUGGCUCGGAGGGCGGCGUGGAGCACCCCAUUGUGUUGACGGAGGCCCCGUGCAACCCGCUGCACUGUCGCCAGAUGAUGUCGGAGCUUCUGUUUGAGUGUUACCGAGUUCCAAGCGUGUCCUACGGCGUGGACAGCUUGUACAGCUUCUCCUACAAUAACGCUCAGCACAGCCUCCCUCCCCCACACACCGGCAUCAUCCUGUCCUCGGGAUACCACUGCUCCCAUGUCCUGCCUGUCAUCAACGGCAGGCUGGAUGCGGGGAACUGCAAGCGUGUGAACGUGGGGGGGUUUCACGCCUCGUCCUACCUGCAGCGUCUCCUUCAGCUCAAGUACCCAGGUCACCUAGCAGCCAUCACCCUCAGCCGCAUGGAGGAGCUGCUGCAUGAGCACAGCUACACCGCCACAGACUACCACCAGGAGUUGGAGAAGUGGCGCAGCCCAGAGUUCUAUGAGCGGGAGGUGCACCGUAUACAGCUGCCCUUCUCAGCCAAGGUGCUAGGGGGCGCUGUGAGUGUGGAGGAGCGCCAGGAGAGGAGGGCCCAGCAGCUGAGGAGGUUGCAGGAGAUUAACACCCGGCGCCGAGAGGACAAGCUCCAGCAAGACCAACAACGCCUGGAUAAACUUCUGGCCGUACAGGAGUUACUGGAGGAUGGCCUCCUGGAUCAGUUCCAUAAGAGGCUGGUGGAGUUAAACAUGGACUCGGCAGAGGAACUGCAGUCGUACAUCUCCAAGCUGGGCGUGGCUGUGGAGCAGGGCAGGCAUAGGCUCUUGCACAAUGAGGGGGCCGAGGGCAAGACUGAAGUGUCAGAGCUGGAGCAUCCAAUGGAGGAAGGGGAGGUUGUGGGGGAGGCAGAGCCAGACUUCAGUGAGGAGAGCACAGAGAUGGAGAAGUCGGUCUCCCUAGCACAGCCGGUGUUCAACAUGGCAGAGUACCACCAGUUGUUUGUAGGCACGGAGCGACUGCGUGUCCCUGAAAUCCUUUUCCAGCCGUCCCUCACUGGAGAGGAGCAGAUGGGCUUGAUGGAGACCCUGGAAUAUGUGCUGGGCAGGUACACUCCAGGGCAACAGGAGGCACUGGUGAGCAAUGUGUUCCUGACAGGAGGGAACCUGCUGUACCCAGGCAUGAAGGAAAGGGUGGAGAGAGAGCUUCUGGCCCUCAGGCCCUUUCAGUCACACUUUCAGGUGACCUUGGCGUCACGGCCAGCCCUGGAUGCCUGGUACGGUGCCUGCGACUGGGCCCUGCAGCACCCUCCUGGAGGGGAUGGGGAGGGCUGGGUCACCAGACAGGACUACGAGGAGAAGGGAGGGGAGUACCUGAGAGAACACUCUGUAUCCAACACCUUCAUCCCCAUGCCAAUCGCCAAGCCCGCCCCUCGACCUGCCGAAGCACUGUCUGCGACGCCCGCAGUGGCUUCACCCGGUGCUGUGGCGUCUUCCAUAGGGGCAUCUGUCACCCUCACGGCUCAGUCCUGAGCUGCUCUCCUCUGCAUGUUUAUUUGUGUCGUAGCCCCAUUGUAUAUGGACCUGCUCUACAGUGUUCCCAACACAUGGAGGGGAUCACUGGUAUUAGUACCAGUCUGGUUCAAACAGGUGAAAUCCCCACUCUACACAAACACAUGUUUGUGUUUGUUUAUAUCUUGUUUGGAUGCAGAGCAGCACCAAUGUAGUGCUGAGGGAUCAAUAGGGACUACUCAUAUUGAAUGGUUACUACUGUCAUGAUUGGUCCAAGGUGCAAGAUAUAGGCAGUGCUACUGGUUGUUGCUGUUCGCCUGUUAAACAUUUUAUAUUUUAUCAUGUAAAUACUGAAGGGUUUUUAUUUGUAGAGAUGUUUUGUAUCUCAGAGCAUCGACAGGGUCAUGAUAUGUUGAAGUUUAGUUGAUGAUUCCAGCAGAAUGUGAACUCCUUAAAAUGCUUUUUCAUCUGAAACAUGAGAAUAAAAGAAUAUUGUGUGAUGGGUGAC